CUAAAUCAUAAGUCCUUUUUUUAGCUUGACAAGCUUCUCAGGCUCCUGUCCCUAAUCUUCUCACUCAGCAGGUUUCAAAGGUUAGGUACUAAUGGCCAAAAGCCAGUUAGAAGUGCUUAAUGCACUUGAUGUAGCAAAGGUACAAUGGUACCAUUUCACAACAAUCGUCAUUGCUGGUAUGGGUUUCUUCACCGAUGCCUAUGAUCUUUUCUCCAUUUCUUUGGUUACAAAACUCUUAGGUCGGCUCUACUACACCGAGCCCAACCCAGUACGGCCGGGCUCCCUACCCAUCAAUGUCUCCGCCGCGGUUAAUGGUGUGGCCUUGUGUGGUACGCUCGCUGGCCAGCUCUUCUUUGGGUGGUUAGGUGACAAGUUAGGCAGGAAAAAGGUGUAUGGUCUUACCUUAGUCCUUAUGGUUUUCUCAUCGUUAGCCUCAGGAUUGUCCUUUGGCCACACGGCUAAGGGCGUCAUGACUACUCUUUGCUUCUUCCGAUUUUGGCUUGGGUUUGGUAUUGGAGGAGACUAUCCACUUUCCGCGACUAUCAUGUCUGAGUAUGCUAAUAAGAAGACUCGCGGGGCCUUCAUUUCGGCUGUCUUUGCUAUGCAAGGAGUUGGAAUCUUGGUAAGUGGUGUGGUCUCACUUAUUGUGUCCGCGGCCUUUGAGAACAAGUUUAAGCCACCUUCAUUUGAAGAAGAUCCUGCUGGAUCACUUACACCUGAAUCUGACUACAUUUGGAGGGUCAUCUUGAUGUUUGGUGCCUUCCCUGCCGGUCUCACCUACUAUUAUCGCAUGCAGAUGCCUGAAACUGCAAGGUAUACUGCUUUGGUUGCCCAAAAUGCUAAGCAAGCAGCAGCAGACAUGUCAAAAGUUCUACAAGUAACCAUUGAUUCUGAGGAGGACAAGAUAGCAGACAUAGGGAAAGAUUCGAAGAAACAAUUCGGGCUAUUCACAAAGGAGUUUGCUCGAGUUUACGGCAUGCGCUUGAUUGGCACCACUACUACCUGGUUCUUACUUGACAUCGCAUUUUACAGUCAAAAUCUUUUCCAAAAGGACAUCUUCACCUCUAUUGGAUGGAUCCCGAACGCAAGCAAGAUGAGCGCCAUACGAGAAGUCUACAAGGUGGCUAGAGCCCAAACUUUGAUCGCGCUUUGUGGAACUGUCCCUGGAUAUUGGUUCACUGUAGCCCUGAUAGACGUAAUAGGGCGAUGGAUCAUCCAACUUAUGGGAUUCCUAAUGAUGACUAUUUUCAUGUUUGCUAUUGCUUUCCCCUAUGACUACUGGAGUCAAAGGGAGCAUCGUAUUGGGUUCAUCAUUAUGUAUGGACUUACCUUCUUCUUCGCCAACUUUGGACCUAAUGCAACAACUUUUGUUGUCCCUGCUGAGGUCUUCCCAGCUAGGUUAAGGUCGACUUGCCAUGGUAUAUCAGCUGCGGCAGGUAAAGCCGGAGCCAUUGUUGGAGCCUUCGGUUUUGUAUAUGCUUCCCAAGAGAAGGACCCGGCAAAGAGAGAUCAUGGUUAUCCAGCUGGUAUUGGAAAGAAGAACUCACUUAUUGUGCUUGGUGUGAUUAACUUCAUAGGUAUGCUUUUUACUUUCUUGGUGCCAGAAGCUAAGGGUUUGUCAUUGGAAGAAGCAGCUAAUGAAGCUCCUAUUGAAGAUGAAGAGGAAACUAAUGUUCGCGGAAAUUCUUCAGUAGUAUGAUUAUCUAAAAAUUUGCUCUUAAUUAAUGCUCUUGUUUUGCUAAGGUAGUGUUACGUACCUACUUCAAAGUGUUUUAUUUUGGUUUUGGUGUUUGCGAUUGUAUAACAUAAAUGUCAAUGUAAUAUAUCAUAUUCAUA